CAGCAGGUUCUCCAGGUCCGCAGCAGAUCAUCACACCACCAGCAGCAGCUUUGUUAGUGUGACGCUCUUUAUGUGAAAUGCUGUAUUGAUUUUCCACUGCAUUUCAGGUAAUUUGGAGGGGGAACCUCAAAAAGUUCCCCUUUUCUCUCCUCUGUCCACAAAUGAUUAAAUCAAAAGUAUUUGAGUUUGAGAUUUUGUUGUAAUGAAAAUAUUAGAUAAAUGCUUUGGAUAAGAUGGAAUAAUUUGUUCUGUUUCUGCUAGUUAGCCGAGUCUCUGGGGAACUUUUGCUCCAUCAUUGGCUUAUAGGGAUGUUUGAUUGCAGCAACUUCUUGUUGCUCUUCAUCUAUCAGCUGGACAGAAAUAAACCUAAUAAGUCUUUUCAUUCACUUCUAAAGCACGUUCAGCUGUAAAUAUAACUAACUGCAUGAGUUAAUGAGGCAAUCUGACUUUAAUAAAACACUAAUGACGCUGCAGUUUAAUAAGCUGGAGAUCGGGAUGUUUAAAGCUUUCUAAAUGACAUAAAUCUUUAAACUACACAGGGAAAUAUUCCAGUGUGCAGGGAUGGAGGGUGGGAGUAGACCGGGGAAAGGAAGAGAGAAAGGGAGCGAUCCUGAUGUGUGGCGCGGAGAUCAGCAGCAUGUGCACUGAUGCAGCGCGGACUAACAGCUGCCCAGGAACAGCUCGCUGCUUUUCACCCUGCCGGGCUGGAGACCGGUAUAAUAUCUCGGCCAGUGGAGAAGGCUCCCCGCCGGACAUGAGAGCGCAGCCGUCCUGAGGCAUGGAGCUGUGGAACAUAACGGACCUGGAGGGGAACGCGAAGCCGGCGUUGUCCAACUGCACGGUGGACACCAGCUACCGCUUCACCUUCUACCAGGUGUCCUACGGCAUCAUCUUCCUGCUGGGGCUGGCCACCAACGGCCUGGCUCUGCGCAGACUCUGCGCCUCUGCGUGCGCCAUGAACAGCACGGCCGUUUACAUGGCCAGCCUGUCCUUCGCCGACAUGUUUUUUGUCAUCUCUCUGCCCAUGAGAAUCUACUACUACCACCAGAAGGCCCGGGCUUGGACUAGGACCGGCGACCUGGCCGGCUGGACUCCCGGAGCCGCCUUCUGCCAGAUCACCUUCAUCCUCAAGUACAUCAGCUUGUACGGGGGGAUCUUCUUCCUGGUGUGCAUCGCUGUGGACCGGUACUUCGCCGUGGUGCACCCUCUGGCGCCGGCCCUGCGCAGGCAGCGCGUCGCGCUGGCGGUGAGCGCGGGGAUAUGGUGCGUGGUGCUGGGACUCAGCGUCAGUCUGCCGCUGCUGCGUCUGGCGGCGUCUCGUCAAAACCAGCCAUGCCUUCUCAACCCGUCCUCCCUGCGCCACAGGACCUUCAUCCUGGUCUCUCUGGGCUUGGUUCUGGGCUCCUUUCUGUUGCCCACUCUCGUGCUCGUCUACAGCUACUGCAAAGUGCUGAGCGUGCUCCGCAAAUCGAGGAAGCGCUGCCUCCGCCAGCGCCGCAGUCGUCGGCAGACCCUUAAAAUCAUUUACUGGGUGCUGGGCGUCUACCUGCUGUGCUUCCUGCCCUAUCACGUCAACCUGCUGGGAUACACCCUGACGCACGUGAAGCUGCUGCCCCACUGUGGCCUGGUCAGGCUGACCAAGACGGUGCACCCGGUGGUCCUCUCGCUGGCCAGCUUCAACUGCUGCCUCAAUCCCCUCAUCUAUUAUUUCUCCAGCAGCCUGGUGCACAGGGAAGCAGCGGGAGGUGGAGGCAACAGCAUCCAGUGACGGUGAUUGCACCCUGUCGACGCUAACCAGACCUGCGUUUUGUCCUAAAGAGGCUAUUUUAAGCAUCAGCGAGAUGUUUGCAAAGUCAGAGGAAGCUCAAAAGCUGCAAGAAACAACUGGAAGGAUUUUAUUCCAGCUGCUCACAGAUGCCAAACACCUUUUUCUAUCGUGUGAAAGAUCAAGUCGGCGGUUCGGUCAGGCUGCGAGAGAGUGAGAGAGAGCAAGUCUUUCAGCAGAUAAAGUUUGAACGGAGCUCGUUGUUUUGA